AUAAAACGACCCCCGACAAGGACGAUCCGACCGUGAAAUGCUUGUAUCUCGUAUAUAAUUCCGGUGAGAAAAUGGGACAUAAUGAAAACAUUUUAUGGGAUCCUAAAUUCAUAGAUCCGCCCCAAAUGUGUAAUCUCGUUAAAGAUAAUUAACGUGAUCAACGUUGUGUCUCUUAAUGUAAUGCAGGAUGUAACUACAUGUGUACAAAAUUGAUAAUGUAAUAAUCAUCCGGGACAAAACGUCAUUAGGGAUGUUUACUUCAGAUUGUAAACAGACAAAGGGGAUUCGUUAGUUGCAAAGGUGUUCGGUUUCUUUUUUGUACUUUCUACAUGGGAACCACAGACAUAUUUGCCGUUUUAGGAUUGCUAUCGUAUCUAGUUGAUGUAACCACCGGCGCCAUUUGUACGCAUGCGUACAUACAGAGUUACUACAUCUCCGGAAGAAUACGAUACCGGAAGCGAUACACAGAUAUCUACUGCUCAGAUAGCUGCUGCGGUGAUAUCAAUUCACAAUAUUGCUGUGACUUCAUCCAAGGCCAAAACACAUCGGUGAGUGAGAUAGUCGGUAUUGUUAUAGGAACAUUGACAGGAUGCCUGGUGUUGCUGUUCUUCUGUGUUUGUGUCUGGCUGGCUACGUCAAAACAGCGCCGAGACAACAGGCAGGGAGGACCAAACGUACCGCACAUUAGUGGAAAUUUACGGCGCAGUACACAAGGUGACAUAAGUCUGCCUCCUACCUACGAGGAGACGGUAUUAGGUUAUGAAAAUGAUGGCUUCUCCCCGGAAUGGUACUCCCAGCCACCUUCAUACAACGACGUAUUUAGUGACGAGACUCUUAAAAGAGAACGAGAUACGGAAUAUUUUCCCGCAGAUCCGAACGUAAGCAGUCAACAAAGUGUUAGUCAUCCGGCCAUUCGGAACACAGACGUUUACGUUAACACCAGUGAAAUCUCGCGAGAUUUUAAUAGGUCCGAGAGUGUGACUUCAGAUUCUAUAUUGUUGCAAUACAACAGAGAAAAUGAUAGUAUAAUUACAGAUAUUAAUGUUGACCAAGUAGACAGUGAAACAGAGAGGACUGAGGUAUGUGAAAGUUCAGCAGUGGCAGUGACAGAACCUCGAAGUUCUAGUAUAGUAUAGGCUGAUAUUUUGAGGGUAUAAUCGCUUUACUGAAUGGAGAAAAAAUAUCCUUUAGGGUUUAGGCAUUUUCUAGCCCCAUGGGACCUGAUAAACGAAUCUGAUUUGUCUGUGAUAUACAUUUAAAAACUUUAUCUCAAUUUAUGUUUUCACGCAUAAUCAUAUUUUAAAUUAUUUAUAACAGCAGAAUA